UGAUUUGCGUACUUAUCAUUGGAAGAAUGGUGAAAUCAUAUUGGAUGGUGAUUUGCUCGCAGGAGUGGACCCAGAUGAACUGUGGGAUGAUACAUAUAUUCCACGCGAAAAUGAAUACAAACAAAGCAAUGAGAAUCUUCAUAAUGAAAAGAUUGAUCAAGAUGAAAUUGAUGCUUUACUUGAAGAAGCGGAAGAAUUCAUUGAAAACUAUGACGAUGAACACACCAAAAAUGUUGAAGAACAGACAGAAGACAGGAGUGUUGCAAGUAUUUAUGAACGAUUGAGACGGAGAAAUGAUGAUGAUAAUUCCGAUCAAAAUCCCAAUCCAAAUAACAAAUAUCAGAAUGAUGAGGAUUUAAAUGAAAAGAUUCAAGAAAUUGAAGAAGACAUUCAACAAGACAAAGAAGAUGUCGAAUCACUUAACGAUGAAGAACAAAUCAAGGAAACACGCAAAACAUAUGAGGAAAAUGACAAUUUAAUUGAUCGAAUUCAAGAUGAAAUCAAAGAAUGUGAAAAUCAAGUCAAUGAUGUUCGCAAAUUUGUGGCAAAUUUGGAUGACAAUGAGAAUGAAAAUGAUGAAUCUGACGAUAAUUCGGACGAAUCAAGUGACGACGAUAAUUAUGGAAAUGAUGAAGUGAAUAAACAGGACAUACUCAGUCCAAGGAAAACCAGGAGUGGUAAAUCUUAUGUUCAAGAUGGAAUAAAAAUGAGACCAACCGAACGUAACAAUUGA